AUGGAGGCGGGUAAUGUCGAAAAAGGGCUUCCGCCUGUCCAACAUGAAGACGUCGUCGAACAGCAGCAUGUUAUCGACGCCGAAUUGGAGCGACGCGUUGUCCGAAAAACGGACAGGAAUCUGGUUCCGUUAGUGAUGGCUCUUUAUCUCCUCGCAUUUCUUGAUCGAUCAAAUGUCGGGAAUGCUCGUAUUGCCGGCAUGAGCCAGGAUCUCAAUCUAAUCGGAGAUCGUUACGAUUGGCUGCUCACAAUAUUUUAUAUUCCAUACAUUAUAUUUGAGUUCCUCGGCAUCAUGUGGAAAAUCGUACCGCCGCAUUUAUGGGCUACUAUCGUUGUUUUUACAUGGGGCAUCGUAGCGACCCUCCAAUCGGUCACCCAAACUUGGGGGGGCGAGAUGGCUCUAAGAUUUCUGAUGGGGGCCGCUGAGGCUGGGUACGGGCCUGGAAUACCAUUUCUACUUUCCUUCUUCUAUCUGCGUCAUGAAGUCGGCUUCCGCUGCGGAGUAUUUCUCUCUGCCGCUCCCCUUGCUAACACGUUUGCGGGAGCUCUGGCGUAUGGAAUUACCUCGGGGCAUCCUUCCAUUGCGAAAUGGAGAGUGCUGUUCCUAGUUGAAGGCUUACCAACCAUUAUAAUGGCUGUUGUAGCUUUCUUCUAUCUCCCCGAUUCUCCUGAGAAGGCGAAAUUUUUGGAUGAAGACGAACGGAGAGUAGCUAAUGCUCGAAGCGUCCGACAAGCGGGCUCUGCAGAAAGAAUAGGCAGCGUUGACUGGAUGGAUUUUUUGAGAGGCCUUAUUGACGUAAAGGCUUGGUUUACAGGCCUCAUGUAUUUCAGCUGCAAUGUCAGCUUCGCCUCUCUCCCUGUCUUUCUGCCGACGAUUCUCUCAGAAAUGGGAUUCUCUGACGUAGAUGCUCAAGGAUUAACGGCCCCUCCUUUCUUCCUCUCCUUUCUUGUUACUCUUGCUACGCCUUACAUCGCCGAUAGAACUCAGCAGCGUGGUAUUAUGCUGAUUAUUCUCACCUUAAUUGGCGGGGUGGGAUACGUUAUCCUAGCAACUGCAAAGUCUGUUGGAGCACGCUACUUCGGUGUAUUUAUGGCUGCUGGGGGCAUAUUUCCCUCUAUUGCCAAUAUUCUGCCGUGGGUAUUAAAUAAUCAGGGAAGCGAUACACGUCGAGGAGCGGGCAUUGUUCUUCUCAAUGUCAUCGGACAAUGUGGUCCAUUGCUAGGCACGCGACUAUAUCCGACCAAGGAAGGACCUUUCUAUAUAAAGGGACAAUCAGUUUGUGCCGCAUUUAUGUUCUUUACCACGCUGCUAGUAGUUGGUUUACGUAUUUUCCUUGUCAGAGAGAACAAGAAAUUGGACCAGAAAUAUGGCACUAUAGAGGAACAGAAAGCGAGGCUUGUUGAAGCACGGGAGAGAGGCGAAGAAACUGUUCAGGCUAAGGCCAUAGAAAAUUACGGGCCAAUGUUUAGAUACGUGCUAUAG